UGUGUUGUGCGGACAUAAAAAGCGCUCUCUCAAACUCAGCACGGACUUUUAGCAACGUUUUCGGCUUUUUACACAUGGAGACUUGACGAAAGACAAGCAUUCCGAUGCUGACCCGGAUCACUUCGCCGCGGUAUUUAUUAUUAAGUCAUCAGUAUCUCGGUUGUGUUUUUUUCUCUUCUUCAUCAUGGAAGCGCGUGCUUCGGGGCUUCGCACUCGCGGUCUAAUGUUCCUGGCAGUUUUGUCUCUGAUAAAACCAACUGCUGGGGCUUUUACAAGCAGCACUUUGGGGAUUGAAAGUUAUGCAUCUAUCAGCACUGGGAAUUCAGAUACAUCCACAGCUUUUUCAACUGAUCUAGCGAAUGACUUUUCAACUGAUCUUUCAACUGGUGUUUCAACUGGACUUUCAACUGGACUUUCAACUGGUCUUUCAACUGGUGUUUCAACUGGUGUUUCAACUGAUGUUUCAACUGGUGUUUCAACUGGACUUUCAACUGGUGUUUCAACUGAUCUUUCAACUGGUCUCUCAACUGGUGUGUCAACUGAUUUUUCAACUGGUGUUUCAACUGAUCUUUCAACUGAUCUUUCAACUGAUCUUUCAACUGAUCUUUCAACUGGUGUUUCAACUGGUCUUUCAACUGGUCUUUCAACUGGUGUUUCAACUGGUCUUUCAACUGGACUUUCAACUGGUGUUUCAACUGGACUUUCAACUGGUGUUUCAACUGGUGUUUUAACUGAUCUUCCAACUGGUGUGUCAACUGGUCUUUCAACCGAUUUUUCAACUGCCUCUAAAGCAGUGAGCCUUGGCUACACUUCCACAUCCAAAAGCUCAGCUCUCCAUCCGAUAUUUUCACAGAGGGAGUCUCACACUGCCACAGGUCAGAGUUCGUCCACCGAAGUCAUGAAGGGCUGGACAACAGAAAACGGAUCAGACAUGUCCACUGAUUUACCAGACUCAAGCUCUGUAUUCAGCACUAACACAGUGACGGAGUUUGAGGAUCCUUCUACAGUAGCCAACAUCACCGAUGCCUAUACAGUGGCAGAGCAGGAGCAACAUACAUCUGAGUACAGGACCAUGAGAGAUCUUACUGUGACCAAACUGACUGAGCAGGAACUGUCCAGGACAGACCAGGACACUACAGAAACUGGUUCAAACGGCGAUAGUACAUACAUCUCCACCACAAGUCGUGCUGGAGAGCGCACUCUGCUGUCCAUCAUAUCCAACAGCACCUCUACAUACGAGGAAGAUACCAGUUCUAGCAUCUCAGGGACUCAUGAUAUAACUGGGCAGCAGACGGAGACAGGGGUUACCAGCAUCUCAGGGACUCAUGAUAUAACUGGGCAGGAGACGGAGACAGGGGUUACUAGCAUCUCAGGGACUCAUGAUAUAACUGGGCAGGAGACGGAGACAGGGGUUACUAGCAUCUCAGGGACUCAUGAUAUAACUGGGCAGGAGACGGAGACAGGGGUUACUAGCAUCUCAGGGACUCAUGAUAUAACUGUGCAGGAGACAGAGACAGGGGUUACUCAGCAUAGGGAGUCCAGUGAGGAUGGGGUUUCUACUCAAUCUGUUCAUAGUACAGCAACAUCUGAUGAAUUAUCUACGAAUGCCACUCAAGAGGAAGGCGUGAAUACCAAAGACUCUCUUGGCUCCGGGAUUACCCAGUUUCAUACAGGACAGCCGACUGUCACAGGAACAAAUUUUGAGUCAAUGGCAAAAACUAGCAACCCCAGCUCCACUCCACCUCUUACAGUAAUCAACAGCUCUGACAGUGAGGUGGACAUCACUGCUAAUUCUUCCACCAACCAGAACUAUGCAGAUAUCAGCUCAUCUUCAUCCUUCGUUCCCCCACUUGUGUCAGAAAUUACUCAUACCAGUGUGUCUCACCGAUACAUUGAGACUGCUGAGACUUCUACAGGUCCUGUGAUUACCAGUACAGAUGAGAAGCCAAAUGAGCCCAUGACCUUCAAGGAAGAAACCACUAUUCCUGGUCUGACUGUUGUACCUUCCACACUCUGGGCUAUAACCACCAGUGUGGAUAAGUCCCAGUCCACUCAGCAGACAUUCAUCUCCCAAACCGAUAGUCCUCCAGAGCCCACAACGGUGCUGAGCACACUUGCAGAACCUUCAACCCGCAUGCCAGCACUCACAGUGGAGGACAAACAUAAGGGUAGCACUGUCCCUGUUACUAGCACCACAUUAGAUAGCAUGGGCACGACAGCAGUGUUUACAAUACAUCAAUUUCAAGCCAGUACCACUACAGAAGCUCAAAGUACACCACACAGUACCCUCUCUGCCACGGAGACCACUAAGAAGACCGCACCCACCACAGAAAAGCAUCACCCCACGACUGGAACAGCUACUCCUUCUCUGUCUGCUAGCUCAUCCCAAUCUGGACCUGGUGCUACUGAUGUAAGCACACUACACUUUGAGAACAGCACUGCUACACCAGGCAGCACCACGUCACACAGACAGCACACCACUGCAUCCUACAAUAAGACCACUUCGACAACAAGCACUGCUGCAAUAUCAACAGGAAACCAUACUGCCACUAAAGCCACAACCACAGAGAUGCCUGAGAAGUUAAGCCUGACCCCUGGCCACAUGUGUAAGCCUCAGAUGUGUGGAAAUGGAGGCAAAUGUGUCUUGAUGUCGGUUGGCUACAGGUGUGAGUGUCUGCCUGGCUGGAGAGGAGAAAACUGCCGCGAAGAUGUGGAUGAGUGCGCGAGCAACCCGUGCCCUCAAAAGUCAAAGUGUGUCAACACCAGGGGCUCAUUCAGCUGUUACUGUGACUUUGGUUAUGACAUGCAAGAUGGACGAAGCUGUACAAAAACCAAGACGUUCUUGGUGAUUUUCAGUAUAAACGGUUCUCUGCAUGAAUCGCACACAGAGAUCUUACAGUUGUUAAAUGCCUCACUAUCCAACUUGCAUGGUUAUAGGCGUUCAACUCUGCUGAAUUUGGAGAGUCUGGAAAUCUUGACUGUGAACAUGUUUUCAAUGUCUGCUAAUGUGACCAGAAACGACAUCUUUCAAAGGAUCCAGACGUCCAUCACAAACUGCAACAACUCACAGUCCCACUGUUCCUUAAAGCUUCAAUACCACCUCCCUUAUCAAGUACUGAGUCUGUGCGUACCCCAGGACAAAGGAUGUGACACAGAGUAUGGUGUGUGGAAUGAUACUAAUGGAACCCCAUACUGCCAGUGCCAUGAAGAAUACUUCAAAAAUAAACAAAGGGACAGCACCCCUAGAGACUGUGGCAAUGGCUUUAAACUUGUUAAUGGAACUUGUAUAGAAUGUCCGUUUGGAUUCGGUGGAUUCAAUUGCAAUAAUUUUUAUGAGCUGAUAGCAAAGGUGGUUUCUCCUGCUGCUGGGGGUUUGUUGCUCAUAAUCAUCAUUGCUCUCAUUAUAGCCUGCUGCAGGAAAGACAAAAAUGACAUUAACAAAAUCAUCUUCAAAAGUGGGGAUCUUCCAAUGUCUCCAUGUGGUGAAUUUCCCAAGAGUAAUCGUGUAUCAAUGGAGUGGGGCAGGGAGACCAUUGAAAUGCAAGAAAAUGGCAGUACUAAGAAUCUCCUGCAGAUGACGGAUAUCUAUUACUCUCCAGCUUUGCGAAAUGCUGAUCUGGAGAGGAAUGGGCUCUAUCCAUUCUUAGGCCUGCCUGGUUCACGGCACUCCUGCAUUUACCCAGCACAGUGGAACCCAUCAUUCAUCAAUGACGACACACGGCGGAGGGAUUAUUUUUGACCCAACACUGCCUGGGACCAAAUCAGCAGGGCUCUUAUGAGAAAUGUAGCAGAAGUCCCGUAGCAAUUAGGACUAACUGUGGAUAGGGACUACACUGAGCAAUACGUGGCCUAUGAAUGUGAAAAUGAGCUGGCAAGAAAGAAAUUAAAAUCAUUUCAUCCACUUUUUAGAACUGUGAAAUAUUCACAAGGUGAAUUGUGUUCAGUUGAAAUGCUAUUAGCAAAUUGUUGCACUUCAGUCCUUCAACACAUAAGUUUGAUCUCAAAUAGAAUAAGCCAUAGAAGUAACACAUUUAAAGUAAGGCAAAUGAUACACCUGCUGGGGUGGUGGAAAUGUGUGCAUACUGUAUGUCUGUACAAGCUUACUGUAUUUAAACAUUUGUAGGAGAUCUCUUUAAAAGCUGGUAAACUGUACAAAUGGUAUAUUGCUGUAGAUCGUUUUAUCAGUAGAUGUAGCAGGACAAAGUAUAGGUCCUUAUAUUAACAUCCACUUAAGGACAUACAGUAAACUAAAAUGCACUUGGUGCUUUUUCUUUACAUCCUGUAGCUUAUGGUGCUAUACCCACCAUACCACAAUGAAGAGUGAAACAGUUUAUUUAUUUAAUUAACUUAAUGUAAUUUUCAGAUACAUAUGCAUUUUAGUUAGAUAUAAUUUCUCAAAUCAUGCUCUCUGUAGCAAUCGUGUGUGUGUGUGUUUGCUAUGUUUGUGUUUAUAAGGUGUACCAUAUUUUUGUCAAUAACUUGCGUUUUUUAAAUAACUGAAGUAUUAUUAUUAUUAUUAUUAUUAUUAUUAUUAUAUUUUGCCUACCAAUAUUUUUUUCUCUCCUGUGGAUGGUCACAUAAAUCUGGCGUUUUAGUCAGACAUAUUUAAAUAAAGCAGCAGUGAUGUUAAA